CAUCUAUCCAUCGACCAAAGCUAUGCUAUUGCUAUUGCUAGCGGUUGUGCUCUGCUCGCGUGCCUAGCUACAUUUGACUUGCUUCCAUCUCACAUCCACCCAACUCAAGGAGGAUCUACUAUUCCAUACUACCAGACUAGGUAGCAGCAGCAGCAGCAGCAGCAGUAGGAUAGUCCAUGGAUGAGCUGUGGAAGGACAUGUCGCUGUGCUCCACCCCGGUGGCGCUACAGUCGUACCACCUCCACUCGCCGGCCGCCCAUCCCUACCGCGGCGCCGUGUACCUGCAGGACUACCUCGCCGGCGCCAACUCGGUGCCGCAGCCGCCGCGCACGCCGCCGCCGCCGCCUCCUCACACGGCGCUCAGCCUCGAGUUCACCAACCUCGGGGGCGCCAACUCGGCCGCCAGCUCCGGCGACGACCCUGUCCACUUUGGAUUCUCUCUCUCCGGAGGCAACAACAGUAGGAGGAGACCAGCCGUCCUGCAGCCGGCGGCGGUGGGUGGCGACCGGCGGCAGCGUCGGAUGAUCAAGAACCGGGAGUCGGCGGCGCGGUCGCGGGCGCGGAAGCAGGCCUACACCAACGAGCUGGAGCUGGAGCUGGAGCAGCUGCGUAGGGAGAACCAGAUGCUCAUCCAGCGCGAGAAGGACUUCAUCAACGAUCGUCAGGCGAAGGCGGCGCAGUUAGCCGUCCCCGACCGCCGGAGCGGUAGGAACACUGCUAGUAGCCUCCAGCAGAAGCAGCAGCAGCAACAGAGGUGCCGCUCGGCCCCUCCACCAUGAUUGGCGCGGCGGCCGUGGACUGUAGCAGCAGCAGCUCCAUUCCACUUACAAUGGAUGGAUUCUCCAAGCUAGUUAGCUACUCUACUAGAUGACUUGACUAGCAUUGGGGCUCUCAUUAUUCACUACGUAUGUACUGUGUAAGAUUUCUUGCUUAAGCAAGUAGUUAACUACCGUAGCACUUGCUUAGAGUAAUAUGAUGAGUCCCUCUCCGUAAUAAUAUUAAGGGGGGAGAUGAAUGAAUCAAUUGAGCUACGUGCGCAAAUUUACGGCA